ACGGUUCCGAAUGCGUUUCGGUUUGCUUAUCUAGUGUAUGGUAACGGGUGUCCAGCGAUAUAUACAGUGAGAAAUAACAAGAGCAACGUAUUAGGGAAACGCUUCCUUUGGGCCCACGUCAGAUGAUCGAUGAUAAUCAUUCUGACGAGGUCGCAUCGGUUCAGGAACAGGCGCAAGGUGUUAGUCUCGUCGGUCCCACGGGACAAGACACCAGGCUGUCUUCUUGGUGGCAGUGACAGUUGCUGUACGUGAGAGUGUUUUGUUCGGGUAUAUAACCACGAGAUCCCGGGUUCUUCUUCUCCUCCUCCUCCUUCGCGUUCCUCUUCUCUUCUUGCUGGUAUCUUCGCGGCAGAGCGAACCGCUCCUCGUGCGAGAAGGGGGAUAUCCUUAAAAGAGUACAACAGAGAGGCACUACCGAUCGGAAUGCUACUGUGCCAGUGAAGGUUGGUGAUCGGUGUGAUCGGAAAGAGGGUGAAGGAGAGGGGAGAUUGCGAAAAAGGGUGACGCAUUAAAACGCCCCAAAGGGGUCGGUAUAGAACAGCCAGUUGGGGUGUCGGGAAGAGGGGUACAUAGGUGUGUAAAGGAGGAAAACGAGGAAAGCAAAAGGAAAAAAAAGAGGCAAAGGGGGCAGAAAAAAGGGCGGUGGUGUUCCGGCUGUGUGUUAUGGUUGGGAGGAAAAGGCCGGGAAGAUGCUCGAGGUUCAACGAUCGGACUUUUUAAGAGAGGGAGAGGCAUCCGACGCUCGCACCGCCGAUUUACUGCUACCCCCCGAUUCAACCGGGGCUUCUGUCUCCGGGUGGAAGCCCGCUGAGAGAACCGUCUCCUUCAAUCGAGACGUCCACGUCAAGAGGAUCGGACGUGGGGCACACCGCGUGACCGCGGCACUCGCAGGAGAUGGCGAAGGCAGGUUAAUCGCCACACCCGUUCAUAAAGAGAGUAUAGCGUCGAGGAGCAAGGAGGACCUAGCACAGGAGGCGGCCCUCGUGCUUCAACAAGCGGGCAGCCUUCACUGCGUCGCCCACGACAACAGACGAUUGCCCGGCCGAUUCAGCACACUACCGGCGCGUCGCAACAAGAAGAGGCCGGAGCUGCCGCUCGAUGUGAGACGCAGAAGCGAGGAGAUCGGGGCUACGACGAGCGGAGACCUCGUCGAGAGCUCACCGAGGCUCAAGAAGAAAGCAUUGCAGAGAAGUGUCAGCGAUGCCAGCUCGAAGAAGCUAAGAGGCACUCUAGCGAGGUUCUUCUCCCCGAAGCUCGAGAGAAAGCGGAAGCCAGUCGGUCGUAGCGCUAGCGACGCGGGCACUACGACGCGAUCGCAUCGCAAGAGAAGCGGCAGCGAGAGCGAGGGUUCCCAUCUGAGCACCAAUCACGCGAAAAAGCAAUUGUCGCCUAUAAUCGAGGCGUCGCCGCACGUCGAUCAGCAGCCGUUUCACUUCGGUAAGGUGAACGAGAACACCAGUCGACCGGAAGUGAAGAAGUCGAAGCAGGAGGUGAUCGAUGCCGAAACGGAGGUGACAGAAGCAACAGGAACGAGAGAGAACCACGACGAGACGAAAGAGAGGAUCGACAAGCCACCGAUAUCGCCCCGAAGGGAGAACAAGGCGACCGUGCGACGCAUACCCAUCGUGCUAGAGGACGAUAACAAGAUCAACGGGGAGGGGGAACAAAGGAAAGAGGAGAACGCGGCGCGGACCCCUUCACCGGUAAAGGACGCCGGGCUCGACGAAGUAGACAAGGUCGGUACAAGUAGCAUGCUGCACAGCAGCCGAUACGAUCUCCAGCAACGCGACGAAGAGUCAACGAUACACAAGAUGAUUCACCGAUUAUCCAACGACCGUUCGCCGCCGCCACAGCUGACCAGAACGAUGGUCUCGCCCGGGCCAGGUUUCGGACACAACAACAACCGGCCGUUCUCGUACACAAGACCGAACGAAUCCUGUAGCCCGCCGCCUCCGCAGACAAAUGUGAUUUACGCUCAGGUGCAGACCGAUAAGAAGAAGACGCAGAGAAGUCACUCGGACAGUGACGAGGGACUCGGUCUCGAGAGAAAGGAUUCCUCGCGGGAGAACAGCCCCGCGGAAAAAGAGUAUCGCAGGACGGAUUACUCGUACAACAGCGAUCUACGACGAAACAACGAGAUCAAUACGUUGAAAUCCCGGUACGAGGAGAACCGGAAGAACACCGGGACUCAUUUCGCGAACCGCUACACCGCCGCGCAAGAUUACCCGUCUAGAAAUCCGGACGCGAAACGACGUCAGGAUUUCGACGAGAUCGAUCGACGGCUAUACGAGAAACCGGACAAGUACACAUCGACGGUUUUCGUCGAUACAUCCGGCAGAGGCAGAGCGGACGGGACUGACGCCAGGCAACGGGAGAGCAACGAAUUCCAUCCGAGACAAUCACAGUCCGGUAUAUCGAACAAGACGUCCGAGUUGAGCGCAAGACGCGAUCUACUCGAGUCCAGGAUCAAAUCGAGGCUGCUGGCGGACGAGAUGUUCGCCGCGAAGAACAGCGCGAACGUUCCGAUCAAGAAGUCCGAGCACGAGAUCAUCGAUAAGCCAAUUGUACCGUCCCCCGUUACGCCGAAUCGCGUCGCGUCCCCAAAACGGUACAUGGACACGUACAUAACGGAGACACGCACGAACAGCAACGGAGAGAAGUACAUAUUCGAGAAAGAGAUACACGAGGAUAACGGCAAGGUGUACGGUUACGAGAAGAAGAUCAACAAAAUCCCGACUGACGGUUACGUGGAUCCGAAACCGAGGGACGGUUACACCAUCGAGACCAGAACGGACAAAUACGGGGAUAAGUAUAUCGUCGAGACGCGAAAGCACGAAGGUUAUACGGACGAUUUCAAGCCUUACCACGGCGAUCGAAGCAGGACCAGUCCGGAGCAACGGUUCCAGGGUAUCAGGGGCACGAGCAGCCCGUACAAGGUGUCCAGUUUCCACCAGGACGAGCCCGCCGUCGUUACGCAUCAUUUCCGCGGCGAAUCCAAAGAGAACAACGACGACAUCCUCCCAUCGCCUAUUGUCGCGAACAAGUUCACCACCACCGAGAGAAAGUUCUCGAAGAGCGACGACUUCUUGGACCGCGAUGCGAGACCGAGGGACGCUUACCUACCGAAGAAGAAGAACUUUGAGUCGAAACGCGGCAUGAGCAAAUCGACGCAACGACUGGACGAGAUCGGUGAGAACGCGAGAGUUAGAGCGCUAAGGAGCGAGUACACGACCAGGUCACACGAGAAUCUGACCAGCCACGCGGAUUACGUGAACGCCAGAGAUAUGCGUCGACCGCUUCUAGAGCGUCCCGCGAUAAACGACCGGAAAGAGAGAUCACCGUUCACCAAACGCCAUCUGGAUAGUCUCAGAGAAGGUCCAAACGACGACUACGACACCGAUAUAUCCCAACUGACCAACAGCCAAUUGGAGUCGAAGUACUACAAAGAAACGCAGCGCACUACUCAACGAUACACCAGCAGCAACCACCCGAUUCACGACGAUUACGACAGCUCACCGCCUAGAAUACGCACCGAUCGCGGUGGCUACAACUCGAGCCGUUACGAUUCCGACACGACCGCCAGAGACUCGAUUCGUUGCGAGACACGAUACGACGAGAGCUCGCGUACUCUGAGAACGGAUCAUCGGAAUUUAGACGAAGAUCCAAAGAAGCCUCUGCGCAGAUCGCGCAAUCGACUAGAUUACUUCGAUGACUCGGACGCCAGAGAGAGUCCACGCGUGAAACCGUCGUCGGUUGGCCGAUUGGAGCCGUUCGACGAAAGUCCCACCAGGCCGCCGAGGGCUUUCCACGAGGGCGGCAAGUCCAGGCACAUCAGGCAGGAGACGCGCUCGCACACCGAACGCCGGCAACGGGAGACACGGCUGAGCGACUCGGACCGGAAGGAUCGUCUCGCCGAUUCCGGGAUCGAGAACGAUUACAGACGGGACUCCCAGGAGGUGGACAGACGGGAGCAGAUCGAGUCCGAGGACGAGGGUUUCGUCACCAGGCAGUUCAUCAAGAAUGAACGUCGGCACACCGAUCGGAACAUGAACCUGACCGCGUCCGAGCAACGAAAGUACGACAAGUAUUCGAACGACAUCGCGAAGUCGCCGCCGGUAACCGCGAAACCGCCGUCCGGGGCUGAUAAAAAGUACGAGAAGAAGGCGGCGAAGAAGAGCGGAACGAUGAGCAAAGUGAAGCAGCUGUUCAGCAAGAAAGAGAAGAAGGCGAAGGAGGAGAAGAACAAGAAGAACGCGAGGAGCACUAGCAGCGGCGCGUUGACCGACGACGAGGUGACGAUGAGGUACAGGGAGUACCGCGGCAAUCAUCUGAGGAGCGCGAAGAGCGCCAGGGAUUUAGGCAGUGACAUCAAUCAGGAGGAGUACAGCCAACGCAGACGCCUAUCCACUCCCAGCGGCAGUCCAAGUCCGCCAAGACCGACGAGGCUGUCAAGAUCAACAGGUACACUUACCAGAGACGAGGAAACCUCGUUUUGCAAUUCGACGAACACCCUUACCAGAGAGAACCAGGGACAAGAAGCCGAAAGAAAGGGAUGGUUCAAGUCUUUAUCUAGGAAGAAUAAGUCGAACAUGAAGGCAGUGGAUAAGAAGCCCAGAAUACCAGAGAGCGAGAUCUUGACGACCGGCACCGAGGACGAGGAGGCCUCGUCCGCGCCCGAACGAGUCUCGGUACAGAAGAAUUUACGUUUCUUCGGAGAUACCGAUCAGGAGUCCGUUUCGUCUAAUAGAGACCGCAGAAACAAACGAGCCGACGACCAUGCCUGUUCAGGGCGUGAUGUUACGAAUUCCAGCCGCCAUAACUUGGGCAUCCUGUCGCCGCCACGGAAACCACCGAGACUAGCUGAAAGCGCGUUGUCUUCCGGUGAGAGUACAACAGGGGACAGCAGUCAACAGAGUCAGAACUCUCAGAGAUCACAGAGGUCGGUUGUAUACCUUCAUGCUGCUACAGUGGGCGAAAUACCUGGACCCAAUGAAAGACGCAGAGCGGCGAGCAGGGAGGAAUUAAAUCGACCUCUACAGUCGCAUACGAGGACAGUAUCGAGGAGCGUGAGCGUCCUCGCGCCUUGGAAACCGAGGCACUACAGGGAACCUUUUGAGAUAAAUUACGAUCAACAAAUGCAUCCAAAGUCAAUGGCAACCUUGAGACGCAGGCAACGAAGUCGCGAAACGUUAAGCCGCCGUGGAAAAGACGCUCGACGAAGCAAGGACAAUCUCUCGAAAACUGGCACAAUCAAUCGCAGUACAUUGAAAUCGAAAGACAAGCAGAAGGUGGACAGAACCGUAUCCACGGAAUCGUUGGUCACCAAGUCACGGAGCGUAAACACGAAACCAGAGCUAAGCAGGUCCACGUCUGUUCCACGCGAUCCGAACAAAAGCGCGGGAUGGUUCAAGCUGAAAAGCAAGAAGUCCCGGGCUUGAGGGGCAGGCCAUUGAUUAAUGCUAGUCUUGAGUUUCAUAAGUAAUUCGUAACUGUUAAGGGUUUAACGAUAAACGCGUCAUCGUUCCGCCGCCGUUCGGGGCGGAAUAAUUGUACGAGCUAUUAUUACCAUUUUCUUUUUCUGUUUCUGUAUUCCA